AUGAUCUUUAGGAUGUUGCGGGAUAACUUUGACGACGGGUCAAAGCUAAAGAACAAGCAGAACCUGGCGCACGAGGGCUACGUCUGCAUCAGCAAGAACCAGACAUUGGGGGGUGAAGUUGCCCACACUGGACAUGGUCUCCAAGUCUGGGUUGUUAAGGACCAUCGACCCGGUGAUCCAGGUUUCGUACGCAAAGGCCGACCCAAUACCCCGGAGAUGAUCAGGCGCUACAUCCUGGCUGCGGUCAGCAACAAGAACGUAUCCACUAUCCUAUACAACGUCUUCCAGGAGCUCAAGAACCUGGAUCCGAGGAACCGCUCGUACAUGGUCGUCGACUUGAAUGUCAACACCUCAAGGCUGCUUGCACAGAAGACGAGGCUCAGAAUCUUGAACUGCGACGCGGAAACCAGUCUAUUGAAGCAGGUCAAGGCCUUCAUGAGGUCGUUCGGCAACAUCAUGAUCUUUAACGGCACGUUCCAAGACUUCUUGGAGAUCAAUACCCUGCUGUCGAAGAACGUUCCCCCGUCUACGUAG